AAGUCUCAAUAUUUUAUAAACAAAGCCUCAAAAACUCACAAAUCCCAAUCAUAUUACAAAGCAUUUUACUCACCUUCUUCACACGCAACCAGAAAAAAUAAAGCUAGCAACUUUACUACUUCCCAACUGAGGUAUAAUAACAAGGAAUUCACAAGAUUCUGAAAGCUUCUUGCUCAUAGCAUCACAAGAACCUUGCUUUCUUUCAUUUUGGCUCAUUUUACCUCUUGGGGAGCUUGUAUUGCUUUCUGGGGUAGUGUAUAUUUUCCAUGAAUUAGCUCAAGUUUCCAUGGAAAGUCUUAAGUGAUUGUUUUGAGAUUGUUGGGGCACCAUGGAUCUGGUUGGAUCUUCAGCUUCUGAGUCCUAUCCAAUUGAAGGCUAAAGUUUCAUUUUUUAUGGUGUGAUUUAGCUGCUGAAUCAGUUGGAAAUGGUGGGUCAGUUCUAGCUGAAAAAGGGUUGGUCUAGAAUAUGAAGAAGAAGGUGAUUCAGCAGAAAUCUCAGCAUAAAUGGAAGAAGAAGCUUUUUGUUUUGAUGUUGGUGGUACUUUGUUUUGGAAGUUUGUUGUUUAUGCAGAUGCGGUUCACUCAUGUUGCGGGGUUGGUUUCAUUGCAACACAAAUUUGCUUCUAAAUCUCAAGCUCAGGGGCCCAAGAUUGCGUUUCUCUUCAUUGCACGGAAUAGGCUUCCUUUAGAAAUGGUUUGGGAUGCAUUUUUCCGGGGUGGCAAUGGAAAAUUCUCAAUUUUUGUCCAUCCGAGACCAGGAUUUCUGUUGAACAAGGCAACAACUAGAUCAACAUAUUUUUUGGAUCGUCAAGUUAAUGAUAGUAUACAGGUAGAUUGGGGAGAAGCAAGCAUGAUAGAGGCUGAGCGCAUUUUACUUAGACAUGCGCUUACUGAUCCUUUAAAUGACCGUUUUGUUUUCCUCUCAGAUAGCUGUAUACCUUUAUACAACUUCAGCUACACCUAUGACUACAUCAUGUCUACAUCAACUAGUUUUGUUGACAGCUUUGCUGACACAAAAGAUGGUCGUUACAAUCCAAAAAUGGAUCCAGUUAUUCCUGUUUAUAACUGGAGAAAAGGAUCUCAGUGGGCUGUUCUGACUAGGAAGCAUGCCAAGGUUGUAGUGGAGGAUGAAACCAUCCUUCCUAUGUUUCAAAAAUAUUGCAAGAAAAAGCCACUACCAGAAUUUUGGAGGGAUCAUCCCAUUCCUGCUGACACGUCUAAGAUUCAUAACUGUAUACCAGAUGAACACUAUGUUCAAACAUUACUGGCUCAAAAAGGUCUUGAAGCUGAAAUCACACGAAGAUCGGUGACACACACUGCCUGGGAUAUUUCCAACUCCAAGGAUCGUCAGCGCCAGGGAUGGCAUCCAGUGACUUACAAAUUCUCAGAUGCUACCCCUAUGCUUAUAAAAUCUAUAAAGGAAAUAGAUAAUAUUUAUUACGAGACCGAAUACCGAAGAGAAUGGUGCACCAGCAAGGGAAAACCAUCUACUUGCUUUCUUUUUGCUAGAAAAUUUACACGAACUGCUGCUUUACGAAUUCUUAACAUGUCUGUUUUGGGAGAUUUGAGUUAAGAGAACAAAAUGCUCAUUGCCAGCGGCUGAUACAAGCAGAAAAUGUUGUUAGUAAAGGAAUAAGAGGAAGGAAAGAAGAUAAAGUAAACGCAGUUGGGGAAUAUUGACGACCACACUGAUAUGUAUAAUGGGAUUGUAUAUUUAGAAAGUUAAUAGUGUAUGAGGUGUAUAUGUAUUAUAUAUGCACUAAUUUGUUUUUUCAAAAUAAUACUUGUAACUGGUGGAUCAUGCAAAAGAGUUCUUAUAAUAAAAAAAGACAGUAUGAGCAUGACCAGUGUCAGUUUUUUUUUCCCUGUUUAAACCACAUGUAUCAUUAGAGGAAAUUUUGUUGGAGCCGGAUAUGGCCGCUGUGGACAAAACUCUCAUCACAAUGUAUUUAACGCAACUGUUUUCACAUGACUCAAACACGAGACUUUUUUGUUGUGUCUGUUGAAGGUCCAACAACUAGUUGUGUGUAGACUCACCUUGUACCAUGUAGGCACAAUUUUCAACUGAAGGUAAACACUAUGAUUUUUGGGCUAUAAAGUGGUUAAAUA